UAAUGAACCAAGUCCCAUUAAAACAUUUUAAAGAACAACUACUCUCUUCUUGUGAAUGACCCAUUUAAGAAUCUCUGAAGAUUGCAAAUCUUCAUACAUAGGGAUCAUUGACAAAUCAUCUCACCAAAGAUGUUCCUAGUUAGGUCUUUGGCUUCCUACUGCCGCCAUAAUGCUCAUCUUCUUCAUCACCAUAGAUCUUACUCGCAUGAUCCUACGCACUUGUCUCGCCUUCGACGGAUGGGUAUAGUGGAUCAAAGGCGCAAUUGCUCCGGAGAUCAACAUGCCAGACCCAAGUCUAAGACGGAGAUUAGCAUCGAGAACGUUGCUCAGAAAACAUUUCGGGCCUCAACUGCACCUCGAUCACCUUUCUCUUGGGCAAGAUGGGCUUUGGGGUCUCUACUAGCUCUGAUACUACCCUUUUGGCAGAACAAAUGGAUGACUCUAUUAAGAUUAGAAGGGGAGGUGGAGAUGGUAGCAGAUGUAGUAGAAAAUGCAGCGGAGAUUGUGGAAAAGGUGGCAACAGUCACUGAAAAGGUAUCAUCAGAAGUAGCAGAUCGAUUACCUUACGAUGGAAAGCUUAAAAAUGCAGCUCUUCAAGUCGAGCAUGCGGCGAAAGAGGCAGCAGAGGAGGCUCAUCUUGCAAAGGACAUCAUCCACAAGGUGGAUGAACUGAAGCACGAGGUAGAAAUGCUACUGGAGCCCAUUACGGAGACAGAAAAGCUUGCUGAUAGAGAAAGCCAUGGAAAGUAAAUAUCAAUAAGCAUUACUUUUAUAAGCAUACCUGUAUAUCUCCAAGUACCGCCUGAAGUAGAGAUGGAUGAGCAUGAAAACUACCUGACUGCAAGAUUUGUUACUUGUUAUUGGAUUGUUUAUUGGAUUCUGCAAUUUCUGAUGUAUAUAGCGAUCUGACCUAUCUUGCACUUGUUAA